GCUCGUUCUCGUUAACAUUCUGUGCGGAGCGCGAGACGCGGCGCCUGCGCGCCUCUUUCAUCGUGCUUCAGUCCUCAGAAGCGACUCGAGAGAGGCAGCACAGCUCUCUGUUCGUGCGCGAGCUGAAAUGGAUGGAGUAGAGAGGAAAAGGACGGAGGCUCGGAGGAGCACGAUGAAAGACAGCGAUCUCCAACACGACUCCGGCAUCCCUGAGCGCGUGACACUCAAGAAGGAGAUCGGGCUUCUGAGCGCGUGCACGAUCAUCAUUGGUAACAUUAUUGGCUCAGGGAUCUUCAUCUCUCCUAAGGGUGUUCUGGAGCAUUCGGGUUCGGUCGGCCUGGCGCUGGUGGUGUGGGUGUUAGGAGGAGGCGUCGCUGCUCUGGGCUCCCUUUGCUACGCUGAACUAGGGGUCACCAUCCCCAAAUCUGGAGGAGACUAUUCCUACGUCACAGAGAUCUUUGGCGGUCUCGUGGGGUUUCUGCUGUUAUGGAGUGCAGUACUGAUCAUGUAUCCCACCACACUGGCAGUCAUCGCUCUCACGUUCUCCAACUACGUGCUUCAGCCUGUUUUCCCACACUGCGUUCCUCCAUACAUCGCCACACGCAUGCUGUCCACCAUCUGCAUACUGUUUUUGACAUGGGUGAACUGCUACAGUGUGCGUUUGGCCACACGGAUCCAGGACGCCUUCACCGUGGGGAAGCUGCUGGCUCUGGGGCUCAUCAUUACUGUCGGUUUAGUGCAGAUCUGUGGAGGUCACUACGAGAGCCUGACUCCACAGACGGCGUUCAUGUUUAAUAAAGCUCCCUCUGUAGGGCAGAUCGCUCUGGCUUUCCUUCACGCCUCCUUUGCCUUCAGCGGCUGGAACUUCCUCAACUACGUCACAGAGGAAGUGGUGGAUCCCAGGAGGAAUCUGCCACGAGCCAUCUACAUCUCCAUCCCACUGGUCACAUUUGUGUACACGCUCACAAACAUUGCGUAUUUCUCCUCCAUGUCUCCUGAGGAACUGCUGUCCUCCAACGCAGUGGCUGUUACUUUUGGUGAAAAACUUCUCGGGGUGUUUUCCACCCUCAUGCCGAUCUCUGUGGCACUCUCCACUUUUGGGGGCAUCAAUGGUUACCUCUUCACUUCCUCCAGGUUGUGUUUCUCCGGGGCACGAGAAGGACAUUUACCCAGCCUUCUUGCUAUGAUCCACUUCAAGCACUGCACACCGAUCCCAGCUCUGCUCGUCUGUUGCUCUGCCACAAUUGUGAUCUUAUGCAUUGGAGAAACUCACAACCUUAUAAACUAUGUCUCUUUUAUCAACUACCUCUCUUAUGGAGUCACUAUUGCUAGCCUGCUCUACUACAGAUGGAAGAAGCCGAACUUAUACAGGCCCAUCAAGGUGAGUCUGCUGGUGCCGGUGUGUUACCUGCUCUUCUGGGCUCUUCUGCUGGGCUUCAGUUUGCACUCAGAUCCGCUGGUGUGUGGAGUGGGGCUGGUCAUCAUGCUCACUGGAGUGCCUGUUUAUUUCCUGGGAGUUUACUGGAAAGACAAGCCCAAAUGCAUAUAUGACUUCAUCGAGUGGGCUACGUAUCUGGGACAAAGAGUGUUUUUUGUCGUUUUCCCACAAAUCGAUCCUAUUGAAGUGGCAGAAUGGACGGACAGAUCUUCCUUCACAAGCAAAGCUUCUGGACCUCUCUGAAUUUUGUACUAAUUGUUUUAAUUUGGCAGCUCUUCACUUAAAAUCCACACUUUCCAGGCUUAUAGUAUAGUAGUAAAAUAAAUGAAACAAUAACCUCCUCAUUUGUUUAAAUGGGGACUAUAUUUGUAUGCUUCAUGGAUUGUACGUCGCACUGGGUAUUGCUCACUUUUUGGAUAGGUGUGUUUGUGUUAUUCUACUGUUUUCAGACCCUGUAGUUUGCUACUGGGGUUCAGUUGUUGAUACAUGUACAGAAUCUCUUUUGUAUGAUACUUCCCCUGCGAUGUCUUUCCAACCAGAUAACAGUUUUUACAGGCACUGCAUGUCUUACUGAUGUAAAUACAUUUAAGUGCUUCUAACAAUGCUCACGCUUCACAGUUUUGAUCUUUAGUCUCAAAUUAUAUUGUUGCGCAAUCAUAAUUUCUUAUAUGGUGUUAAAAUGAAUUGCUUAAAAUGAUUUACAAGGAAUUGGAAGGAAUUUCCAUUAUUUAUAUUUAUAGAUUAUUCGCUGUUAUUAACAAAAUAAAAUCAAGGUUCAG